GCAAUUGGUCUGUCCUUUGUAGCUGCACCAGUUCAGCAGUGCAGCUACAAAGAUCAGACCAAAGAGUUGCCGCGGUCUGUGUGUAACCGGUCAUAGAAAUAGAGAUUGGUUAGGCGUACGUACGUGUGUUAUGUUAAAAUCACAUAGUUCCACAACUUAUUUUUCAUAAAAUUAACACAGAUCCAUGGUGGUAAGAUUAAGGAUAUCAUCAUGGCAAUGUUCGAAGUGCUGAGAAAAGAUUACAGUGUUUAUUUGCGACAACAUUUCAAGCAAUCGGACGUCUCAUCGUUUCAGAAGAAAUGCGUCGAACGUUGUGCGAACGAUGGGGACAGGAAAGCGGCGGUCGAUCAGGCGCUUCGAGACACCCUUUUGAUAGUGUUGACGGAGAACUCCUCCGGCAAUGUGCAUUCUCUUGAGUUAUAUAUUACUUUUUGCAUAGAACUAUGCAGGAAGGAUUUGGCAACGGCGAGUAUGCCGGUGAUGCUGCUCGGUGAUAUUUUCGAUUCAGUAACUUUGGACAGAUGUGAACAACUGUUCACCUUUGUUGAGGACAAUGUCUCUGUGUGGAAGGAAGAUUUGUUUUUCAGCGCCUGCAAGAAUAAUUUGUUAAGAAUGUGUAAUGACCUGUUGAGAAGACUGUCACGUUCUCAGCAAACUGUAUUCUGUGGUAGAAUCUUGCUAUUCCUUGCAAAAUUCUUUCCUUUCUCUGAAAGAUCCGGCUUAAAUAUUGUCAGUGAGUUCAAUCUCGAAAAUUAUACAGAGUUUGGGUCUGAAAAAACAGAAGGUGAUGAUCUAGAGCAAAUAAACAAAGACGAUGAUAAGUCAGAAAAUAAAAUACCAAUUGAUUAUAACUUAUACAGAAAGUUUUGGGCACUACAGGAUUAUUUUAGGAAUCCGAAUCAGUGCUACAAUAAGAUGCAUUGGAAAGUUUUCUCAGCUCAUGCAUCUAAUGUGCUAUCAGCAUUUUCAUCUUUUAAAUUGGAAGAGCAACGUAGUUAUCCCACAACGUGUAUCAAAAUGGAUUCUUCUAUGGAAGGUUCUCACAAGGAAACUCACUACUUUGCUAAAUAUUUGACUAAUCAGAAAUUGCUGGAACUACAGCUGUCAGAUUCCAACUUCAGGCGAUAUGUGUUGCUGCAGUUUCUCAUUCUUUUCCAGUAUCUGAAUAGCACUGUGAAGUUCAAAGCCUUCCUUGCCAGUGGCUAUGAGACAAGUGAGACGCAUGAGCUUAAGCCGGAUCAAGUGGAGUGGGUGAAAACUACCACAGAACAAGUUUAUGCUUUACUGACCGAGACACCGCCUGACGGGCCAGCUUUUGCGGAGACUGUAAAAAAUAUCCUGAAACGCGAGGAACAUUGGAAUGCGUGGAAGAAUGAGGGUUGCCCACCGUUCAAGAGGCCAACGUCGGACAUCGCUGCAGACGAGGAACCGCGGAAACCGAAGAGACCGAGGCGGAGAAUCGGGGACGUGAUCAGAGACGCGCAAACAGUUGGCAAAUAUCACAUGGGAAACCCGGAACUCACGAAAUUGUGGAAUCUGUGUCCUGACAAUCUCGAAGCUUGCAAAUCCAAGGAUAGAGAUUUUCUUCCUUCUCUAGAAACGUACUUCGAGGAUGCCAUAGUAGAAUUAGAUCCCGCCGCGAUGAUCGAUGAUAAGUACAAAAAAGUGAACGAUGGUAAUUUCGGUUGGAGAGCGUUAAGAUUGUUAGCAAGACGAAGUCCGCAUUUCUUCGUUCACGGCAAUUAUCCCAUAAAUAAAUUGCCCGAAUAUCUUGAAACGAUGAUCAAGAAAAUUGCCAAAGAUCGUCCGCAGACACAGUCUGACAUUAAAUUGGAAACCGAAGAGACACCGCCGCCGGAAUCUAACGAUCAGGAAUUCAAUGAGGAUGUCCUCAAGCAAGAAAGCGACCAAGUUGAUUCCGAGAGCGUCGACAUGAAAACUAGAAAGUUAAAUAAAGUUACUCCGGAAAUGGUGGCGAAAUUAUCGGAAAGCCUGAAGAACGACUGGAAGAAGUUGGCGGCAAAAUUCGGUUACACCAACGACGAGAUCGCCUUCUUUCAAAGUAAAUCAACACCGUACGAACAGUGCAAGAGUAUGCUCGAGAUAUGGGCGGAAGAGGACGAGGACGCGUCGGUGGAAAAUUUAGCUUACAUCUUAGAAGGUUUGAAGUAUACGGAAGCUUUAACAGUACUUAAAUCUUAAAUAUAUUUUUUAAUA